UGACCUUGGCGCAUGAAUCUCUAAAGUACAAAACUUGCUAAUAUAAAAAUGACCGCUCGAGAAAUUAAUUUAAAUUAUUUCAGCCUCUUAAUUAAAUUAAUAAUCAAUUUUGGCCUAAAUUAAUCGAAAAUACCUAGAGACUCAAUUAUUGUUUUAUCCAACGACGACUGAUACUCCGGUCCAACUUGGCUGGCUCCGCCGCUUGACGUCUUGUCGUCUCAAACCACUAUGUUAGCUUCCGGUCAGGGCUUGUCCAAUUCCAAAUACCGUAAUAAACUCCUCAGUAGUUGCUUUCUAUCGUCGGCGUUCAAAACUGCACUCUCUUGACUUAUCUAAUCUCAACAAGGUCACUGAUUCACAAAAGGCAAAAGGCCACUGGCUUCCAGAAGGGAAAAAGCCUCGAUGUUUUUCGUGCUCGCUCUUUUAUAACCCUCAGCUCAGGCUCUCGAACUUUCCUAUUAUUACGCCCCGCUUCAUUUUCCGGGAACAGUAGUGGGGAAUCUUGAUUAGCACGCCCGGUGACAAGUCGAAACUCUUGUCAAAAAUCGAAAAGUAAGGGAAAACCCUUACCUACCGUGCGUCAAUUAUCGGGGUCGAUAAUGACCCCGGGAAGUUCGAUUUUCCCUGUUACAGUUGUUUCAUAAUUUUCAAAUUAAAAAUAACAAUCUUGCCGCCAAUUAUUCAUUUACGCGCCAUUAGUUCUAUUUGAUACUAACUUCAUAUUAACAAUCUAACCUAUUGUUUUUUGUUUUGAUAUCACCUAUCCGUUUCUUUUUUUUACGUAUUUGCAUAUUAUUUGGAGAAAUAUCAGAAAGAAAAAUAUGGCAAAUAAAUUCAAGGGUAUUCCAAACAGCUUUGAUUCAUAUAACAAUUUGGAAAGAUGACUUCAUAAUUAUGAAGAGGAAAAAAAAAAUAAAUUUAAUGUUUUUGUUAGUGAAUCAUUAGUUAAAGUUUACAAAAAACGUGACUAUGUUGAUUUCAACCCUGAGCUGAUUUACGACCGAAUCCACUAUAAGUGCUCAACCCGUGCGAAACAUGACGAAGACAUGCCAAAUAAUUGCAAGUCUCGCUUAAUCCUGAGUACGUCUCCUCAUAAAAAACAUUUAGUGGUCGAUGAUUUUGUUGCUAAGCAUAAUCAUCCCCCCAUUAUUAUUGGAAGACGUGGGAGUGUGAAACAACGGCAACUUUUACUUGAAGCUGCCGUUACACUUCGAGAAACAAUGAUGAAACGAAGACAACAAAUUCAAAGAACUGUUCUGCCAAGAACUUCAGAAAAUAUUUCCGAAGAAGCUUGUCGUCCAAAGAGGAACGUAAUAACGAAAGAAGCUAUCAUCAGAUUAAGUCGGAUUAAUCCCGAUCACAAUGUUGACUUCAAUUUCAUCGAAUUUGUUGAGAAUUUACGGCCCAAAGUUAAUCUUACGAGUGUUUUAAGUAACAAACUACUACUUAAGCCGCAUCAUCUUCUAAUAAUCGACAAAAAUAACGUUGAUAACCAUUUAAAAUUCGAUUUAAUGAAAUAUAAUAGUAUAUUGUGCCACAAGGGACGAAAGUACUACAUUCUGUCCCGCGUGUGUGAUUGCCACCCGAGCCGAAGGCGAGGGUGGCAAACACGCGGGUGAGGAUGUAGUACUUUCGUCCCGUGUCAAACAUACUAUUUUUUCUCCUGCCAAGCCGAAAGUUCGCGAAUCUUUUAAUGCAAUAGCAUCGUAGGCAAUCAUGGAAGGGGUC